AAUUGAAUUAUGUAUGUGUGAAAUUGUAAAAUUAUUUUGUUCAUUGAUAUUCUAUCUUUCAUCUAACACACAGCCUGCUGUUGGAACCAGUAUAAACCAGGCUAUCCUGCAUAUACUCGUAAUCUUGCAAAACUCUUUUAUUAUAAACCUAAUGGUGUGUAUGUUUAUUUGGAAGAAGAUAUCAAGGGUUUUGACAUUCACCUCAAUAACCAGUUUUUUUCUUUAUUUCAGACACUACAUUUCGACGUUUCUAAAUCAGGGUCUGACCAACGAACGUUCUGGUUUUCAAAACGCGUCACUGCAAAGUUUGUCACCAUUUUCACACCAAAGACGAUGGGUCUAAUGCCCACAUGUUUGAAAUUUGAGUUACUAGGAUGUAGGCAAUCAGGUCAAGUUCUAUAUUUUCAAUCCCUCGAAUAUGGCAUGAGCAAGGAGGUGGGAUACGUCAGCGAGAUUUUCGACGAUAGGACAUUACUCACAAAUUUAGGCUUCCCUUAUCAGUACAAAACUAACCAAGUUUAUAAAUGGCUAAUCACAUACCCGGACAAGCAUUAUAUUAAACUAAUAUUCACACAUAUUGAACUAAACGCUGUGGUGGAACCAACGAUGUGCAAAGACAUUUUGAAAAUAUCGAACCAUAUUGCUGAUUCAGAAUUUGUAAGACAAAUAGAUCAAGACUUUAAUCAUGUUAUUAAAGACUCAUUAGCAAUAGAAACAAAGGAGUCUCAGCUUAUUUUGUCUUUUGAAACUUGUCCAUAUCAAUUGACAGCACAAUCGGGAAAAGGCUUUAGCUCUUUCGUUACCUAUGAAAACAUACCAGCUUGUUUUUCUCUACGUCCACGCAUUCUUUGGAAUAAAGGGUUACGAGAAAUUUGCCGUCAGUCUAUCAUGCUUAUAACAUCAAUGGCGUUCCUCGGCUUCCCAUUUCUACAAACAACUGAGCAAUGGACUAUCAAUAAUCCAACUAAGAGGAUUCAUUUGCAAAUAAUUUCAUUUUAUGUCCCGUGCAAAAAUGUGUAUUACAAGUCGGAAUUCAAAAUAAUAGAUAUCGAAGAUGAGAAGGUUUACUGCAAUAUCAACAAGCCCCCUAAAAGCAUUAAAUCAUCAUUCGACAAUAUUACCGUUUACUUUUACAAAGGAACAGAUCCAUGGCCGAAAUUACCACAUAUUGAAGGAUUCAGAAUCGUUUACAGUGCAAUAGCUAAGGAUGAGGAAGAAGAAAAUGGAAUAUUGAUAAAUCAAACUGCAUUAUCAAAAGGGUAG